AUGAACCAACAACUCCCUCCUACAUAUCCGAAGCGGCGCACCCAGCCAGCCUACCUUGGAGAACUCCAGCGACCUCCAGUUCCAAUGCCCGACCAAUUCCUUAUCAACGGCAACUUCACCGGCAAAGAGCCUACCAGUACUGCAGAGGCCGCCCCAUUAGCCACCACCUUUUCAAAGGACAAAUUUUGGCGCGUCUGGUGCGAGUCUGGAGUCGAUGGACUCCUCAAGACGUUCUCUGCUGGCCAGCUACGCGUCAUGCUGGGUGAGAAGGUGCUGUGGGGGCUGCUGAGCAAGCAGCAGCUUCUUUCCCUGGGCAUGAAAGACAUCGUUGACAGCAAGGGAGGCGAGCAGGAAGGUGAGCGGAGUUCGGAGCAGGAGAGCGAGCAGGGAAAGGAGCGAGAGGGCGAGUCAGAGCGUGAGCCAAAUCGCGAGCAAGAGCGGGAACAGACAACGCUCGACGUGGCCACGAAAUCCUAG